CCUUCCCUAGAGACCGCGGCCGCUGAGCUCAGACCCCACGGGCUGCUUGCGCCUUGGAGCCGGAGCUCUGGCUGGGGCAUCACCCUAAGAAGCAACAUGGAGAAGCCUGACAAAGCAGAUGACAGCCCAGAAAGGGCGUCUCAGGACCCACAGUGCAGCCUGGGAAGUGCUUCUGCAAGCCAAGAAUGCAGUCUGGGGAGGAAUUACCAUGGACUACAGUGCAACCUGGGGCAGAUUCUCCUGGGAUCAGAGUUUGGAUUGCAGAAGCCUCCUCCAGAUCUUGACCCUGAGCCCCCAUCUUUACCUAUGCCCAUGGCCCCAUCCUUGAUCUCAGACUUGGGGCCCCGGAAGUCACCCCUGACAGGCACUGAUAAGAAGUACCCGGUAAUGAAGCAGCGCGGGUUCUAUUCUGAUAUCCUCAGCCCUGGAACCUUGGAUCAACUUGGGGAAGUGUGCCGUGGCCCCCAGGUGCAACAGGACCUACUGCGGCAGGCUGACCUUGACAGAUUCACUCCGAAAGUCAGAACCUUUGUGGUUCCUGAGGACUUCCAGCAGCUCGUGGAGCAGCAGCGCAUCGGAGCCACCACCCAGUUGCUCACCCAGACCGACUUCCCGCUGCAGGCCUAUGAGCCCAAGGUGCAAGUGCCCUUCCAGGUGCUUCCGGGCCAGUGUCCCCGCAAGAUUGAGAUCGAGAGGAGGAAGCGGCAGUACCUGAGCCUGGACAUCGAGCAGCUGCUCACCAGCAAGGGCAUUGACUCCGACAAGCUCAUGCCCAGGCACCCGGACCCCCAAAACCCUCAGACCAUUGAACAGGGCCACGACCCACUCUUCCCCAUCUAUCUCCCACUGAAGGUGUUCGACAACGAGGAGUUUGACUGCCGGACUCCACAAGAGUGGCUGAACCUGGGCGUGGAGCCAGGGUCUCUGGAUAGGAAACCUGUCCCUGGAAAAGCCCUCUUGCCCACUGAUGACUUCCUGGGGCAUGAGGACCCCAAGAGUCAGAAGGUGAAGUACCAGUGGUGCAGCAUUGGUGUCCUGGACUAUGAUGAGGAGAAGAAGCUAUACCUGGUGCACAAGACAGAUGAGAAUGGCUUGGUGCGAGACGAGAUGGGGAGGCCCAUCCUAAAUGGAGGGGUCACCGCUGAAGGAAGGCCCCCUCUCCUGGUCUGCCAGUACUGGGUGCCACGGAUCCAGCUCCUCUUCUGCGCAGAGGACCCCAACGUGUUCGCACAGCGUGUGGCCCAGGCCGCCGCCCUGCGCAAGAACACAGAGGCGCUGCUGCUGUACAACCUGUACGUGGACUGCAUGCCCUCGGACGGCCAGCGGCUCAUCAGCGAGCAGAGCCUGAACCAGAUCAAGCAGUGGGCCAUGAGCACACCGCGGAUGCGCAAAGGGCCCCCGGUUCUGGAGCACCUCAGCAGUCUCACCAGAGAAGUGAGCCUGGACUAUGAGCGCAGCAUGAACAAGAUCAACUUUGACCAAAUUGUCUCCUCCAAGCCCGACACAUUCUUCUAUGUGACCCUGCCCAAGAAGGAGGAGGAGAAGGUGCCUGAGCGAGGUCUGGUGUCUGUCCCCAAGUACCCUUUCCAGGAACAGAAGGAGGACUUCACCUUUGUGUCGCUGCUCACGCGGCCGGAGGUUAUCACGGCCCUCAGCAAGGUGCGGGCCGAGUGCAACAAGGUGACAGCCAUGGCCCUGUUCCACUCGACACUCUCCAAGUAUAGCCGCCUGGAGGAGUUUGAGCAGAUCCAGUCGCAGACCUUCUCCCAGGUACAGAUGUUCCUCAAGGACACCUGGGUCAGCACUCUCAAGGUGGCCAUGCGCAGCAGCCUGCGCGACAUGAGCAAGGGCUGGUACAACCUGAACGAGGCCAACUGGGAGGUGUACCUCAUGUCGAAGCUGCACAGACUGAUGGAGCUCAUCAAGUACGUGCUGCAGGACACACUGCGCUUCCUGGUGCAAGACUCGCUCACCAGUUUUGCACACUUCAUCAGCGACGCCUGCGGCAGCGUGCUCGACUGCACAGAAGACAUGGUCUGGGGCGAAGACUUCAUCAACAGCCCCUACAGGCCCCGGAAGAAUCCCCUGCUCAUCGUGGACCUGGUGUUGGACAGCUCAGGGGUGCACUACAGCACACCACUGGAACAGAUUGAGUCAUCUCUGCUCAAUCUCUUUGACAAGGGUAUCCUGGCCACCCAUGUGGUGCCCCAGCUGGAGAAGCUGGUGAUGGAGGACAUCUUCAUCAGUGGUGACCCCCUGCUAGAGUCAGUGGGGCUUCACGAGCCGCUGGUGGAGGAGCUGCGGGCAGUUAUCGCCAAUGCCAUGCGCAAGGCCAUGAUCCCACUGCAGGCCUACGCCAAGAAGUACGAAAAGUACCUGGAGCUGAACAACAACGACAUCGGCACCUUCCUCAAGGAAUUCCAGAUACAGUGCCCCUCGGCACAGGAGGUGCGGGAGGUGGUGCUCACCCACCUGCAGGAGAAGGAGAUCCUGGACAACUCGCUGCCCAGCAGCAUUGUCAUUGGGCCCUUCUAUAUCAACGUUGACAAUGUCAAGCAGAGCCUGUACAAGAAGCGCAAGACCCUGGCCACUUCCAUGCUGGACAUCCUGGCCAAGAACCUGCACAAGGAAGUGGACAGCAUCUGUGAGGAAUUCUGCAGCAUCAGCCGUAAGAUCUACGAGAAGCCCAACAGCAUCGAGGAGCUGGCGGAGCUGCGCGAGUGGAUGAAGGGCAUCCCAGAGCACCUGGUGGGACUGGAGGAGCGAAUUGUGAAGGUUGUGGAUGACUACCAGGUUAUGGAUGAAUUCUUUUACAACCUCAGCACCGAUGACUUCAACGACAAAUGGGCUGCCAGCAACUGGCCUUCUAAGAUCCUUGGGCAGAUAGAGAUGGUGCGGCAGCAGCACAUUGAAGAUGAGGAGAAGUUCCGCAAAAUCCAGAUCAUGGAUCAGAACAACUUCCAGGAGAAACUAGAAGGGCUGCAGCUGGUGGUAGCUGGCUUCUCCACUCAUGUGGACAUUACGCGAGCACACGAGAUCGCCAACGAGGUGCGGCGUGUCAAGAAGCAGCUCAAGGACUGCCAGCAGUUGGCGAUGCUCUACAACAACCGGGAGCGCAUCUUUGGCUCCUCAGUCACCAACUAUGACAAGCUCUCCAAGAUGGUGAAGGAGUUCCAGCCGUACCUGGACCUCUGGACCACAGCCUCUGAUUGGCUGCGCUGGUCCGAGAGCUGGAUGAACGACCCUCUGUCAGCCAUCGAUGCUGAGCAGCUGGAGAAGAAUGUCAUCGAGUCCUUCAAGACCAUGCACAAGUGUGUGAAGCAGUUCAAGGACAUCCCAGCCUGCCAGGACGUGGCCUUGGACAUCCGGGCCCGCAUUGAGGAGUUCAAGCCGUACAUCCCGCUGAUCCAGGGGCUGCGCAACCCUGGCAUGCGGAACCGGCACUGGGAGAUUCUGUCAAAUGAGAUAAACAUCAAUGUCAGGCCCAAGGCCAACCUGACCUUUGCCCGCUGCCUUGAGAUGAACCUACAGGACCACAUCGAGAGCAUCAGCAAGGUGGCUGAAGUGGCCGGCAAGGAGUAUGCCAUCGAGCAGGCACUGGACAAGAUGGAGAAGGAAUGGUCAACCAUCCUGUUCAACAUGCUGCCCUACAAGGAGACAGAGACCUACAUCCUCAAGAGCCCAGACGAGGCCUCUCAGCUGCUCGACGACCACAUCGUCAUGACGCAGAGCAUGUCCUUUUCACCCUACAAGAAGCCCUUCGAGCAGCGCAUCAACUCCUGGGAGAGCAAGCUGAAGCUGACCCAGGAGGUGCUGGAGGAGUGGCUAAACUGUCAGAGGUCCUGGCUCUACCUGGAACCCAUCUUCAGCUCUGAGGACAUCAACCGGCAGCUGCCCUUAGAGAGCAAGCGCUACCAGACGAUGGAGCGGAUCUGGAGAAAGAUCAUGAAGAAUGCCUAUGAGAAUCGGGAGGUGAUCAAUGUAUGUGCCAACCAGAGGCUGCUGGAUAGCCUGUGCGACUGCAACAAGCUGCUGGACCUGGUGCAGAAGGGCCUCAGCGAGUACCUGGAGACCAAGCGGAGUGCCUUCCCCAGAUUCUACUUCCUGUCAGAUGAUGAACUAUUGGAGAUCUUGUCCCAGACAAAGGACCCCACAGCCGUGCAGCCCCACCUGCACAAGUGCUUCGAGAACAUUGCCCGGCUGCUGUUCCAGGAGGACCUUGAGAUCACGCACAUGUACUCAGCGGAGGAUGAGGAGGUGGAGCUGUCCUUCUCCAUCUACCCCUCCAGCAAUGUGGAGGACUGGCUGAGGGAGGUGGAACGCAGCAUGAAGGCCAGUGUGCAUGACUUCAUCGAGAGGGCCAUCAAGGCCUACCCCACGAUGCCCAGGACCCAGUGGGUUCUGAACUGGCCCGGCCAGGUGACGAUUGCUGGGUGCCAGACCUAUUGGACCAUGGAGGUGGCGGAGGCCCUGGAGGCCGGCGACCUCAGGUCUCGGCUCUUCCCCCAGCUUGCCCAGCAGCUUGGUGACCUGGUGGCCCUGGUGCGGGGGAAGCUGUCCCGCAUGCAACGGGCUGUGCUGUCAGCGUUAAUCGUCAUUGAGGUCCAUGCCAAGGAUGUGGUGAACAGGCUCAUCGUGGAGGAUGUGGUCAGCGUGAACGACUUCGAGUGGAUCUCACAGCUGAGGUACUACUGGACAGAUAAUGACCUGUACAUCCGUGCUGUGAAUGCUGAGUUCAUCUAUGGCUACGAGUACCUAGGCAACAGUGGGCGGCUGGUGAUCACACCCCUCACUGACAGAUGUUACCUGACCUUAACCGGGGCUCUGCACCUCAAGUUUGGGGGUGCCCCAGCAGGCCCAGCUGGCACAGGGAAAACUGAGACCACCAAAGACCUGGGCAAGGCCUUGGCCAUCCAGACAGUUGUGUUCAACUGCUCUGACCAGCUUGACUUCGUGGCCAUGGGCAAGUUCUUCAAGGGCCUGGCCAGUGCUGGGGCCUGGGCCUGCUUCGACGAGUUCAAUCGCAUCGACAUCGAGGUGCUGUCCGUGGUGGCACAGCAGAUCACCACCAUCCAGAAGGCUCAGCAGCAGCGGGUGGAACGCUUCAUGUUUGAGGGUGUCGAGAUCCCACUCGUGCCAUCCUGCGCAGUGUUCAUCACCAUGAACCCUGGGUACGCCGGCCGCACUGAGCUGCCCGACAACCUGAAAGCACUCUUCCGACCCGUGGCCAUGAUGGUUCCGGAUUACGCCAUGAUUGCUGAGAUCUCCCUUUACUCCUUUGGCUUCAGUGAAGCCAAUGUGCUGGCCAAGAAGAUCACCACCACCUUCAAGCUGUCCUCCGAGCAGCUCAGCUCCCAAGACCACUAUGACUUCGGGAUGAGAGCCGUGAAGACCGUGAUCUCAGCUGCUGGGAACCUCAAGCGAGAGAACCCCAGUAUGAAUGAGGAGCUCAUCUGCCUCAGGGCCAUCCGUGACGUGAACGUGCCCAAGUUCCUGCAGGAGGACCUCAAGCUCUUCUCUGGGAUCGUGUCCGACCUGUUUCCAACCAUCAAGGAGGAGGAGACUGACUACGGCAUCCUGGACAAGGCCAUCCGCAGGGCCUGUGAGAAGAGCAACCUCAAGGACGUGGAGGGCUUCCUGACCAAGUGCAUCCAGCUCUAUGAGACCACGGUGGUGCGGCACGGCCUCAUGCUCGUUGGGCCCACGGGCUCUGGCAAGAGCACUUGUUACAAAAUCCUGGCAGCUGCCAUGACACAGCUGAAAGGGCAGCCGUCCAUCAGUGGUGGUGUCUACGAGGCCGUCAACUACUACGUGCUCAACCCCAAGUCCAUCACGAUGGGCCAGCUGUACGGGGAGUUUGACUUGCUCACCCAUGAGUGGACAGACGGGAUUUUCUCCUCCCUCAUCCGGGUGGGGGCCAUUGCCUCCGACACCAACAAGAAGUGGUACAUGUUUGAUGGGCCGGUGGAUGCCGUCUGGAUUGAGAACAUGAACACGGUGCUAGAUGACAACAAGAAGCUGUGCCUCAGCUCCGGGGAGAUCAUCAAGCUCACAGAGGCAAUGACCAUGAUGUUCGAGGUGCAGGACCUGGCAGUGGCCUCGCCAGCCACAGUGUCCCGCUGCGGCAUGGUGUACCUGGAGCCCAGCAUCCUGGGGCUCAUGCCUUUCAUCGAGUGCUGGCUGAGGAACCUCCCCACCUUGCUGAAGCACUAUGAGGAGGAGUUCAAGGCCCUCUUUGUCAGCUUCCUGGAGGAAGCUAUCACCUUCGUUCGGAUCUCAGUGAAAGAGGUGAUUGCCUCCACCAACAGCAACCUGACCAUGAGCCUCCUCAAGCUGCUCAGCUGCUUCUUCAAGCCGUUUCUGCCCAGAGAGGGCCACAAGAAAAUACCCCCUGAGAAGCUGAGUCGCAUCCCAGAGCUGAUCGAGCCCUGGUUCAUCUUCUCCCUGGUCUGGAGUGUAGGAGCCACAGGGGACAGUAUGAGCCGCAUCAGCUUCAGCCAGUGGCUGAGGAGAAAGAUGAUCCUGGAAAAUAUGACCCUGCACUUCCCGGAAGAAGGGCUGGUGUUUGAUUACAGGCUAGAGGAUGGAGGGAUCAGCAGUACCAAUGACGAUGAGGAUGAGGAUGAAGAGGGCAAGCAGGUCUCGUGGGUGAGGUGGAUGGACCCCUCAGUUCCUUUCACCAUGAUGCCGGACACCAACUACUGCGACAUCAUCGUGCCCACCAUGGAAACCGCGCAGAUGGCCUACCUGCUGGACAUGCUGCUCACCAACCACAAGCCCGUGCUGUGCAUCGGGCCCACAGGCACAGGAAAGACUCUGACCAUCACCGACAAGCUCCUCAAGAACCUGCCGCUGGAGUACAUCAGCCACUUCCUCACCUUCUCGGCCCGCACCUCGGCCAACCAGACCCAGGACCUCAUUGACAGCAAGCUGGACAAGAGGCGCAAGGGUGUGUUUGGGCCCCCCCUGGGGCGCAACUUCAUCUUCUUCAUUGACGACCUGAACAUGCCGGCCCUGGAGACGUACGGUGCCCAGCCGCCCAUCGAGCUGCUGCGCCAGUGGAUGGACCAUGGCGGCUGGUAUGACCGGAAGAUCAUCGGAACCUUUAAGAACCUGGUGGACAUCAACUUUGUCUGUGCCAUGGGCCCCCCGGGCGGGGGCAGGAACCCCAUCACCCCGCGGCUGACACGCCACUUCAACUACCUGUCCUUCGCCGAGAUGGAUGAGGUCAGCAAGAAGCGCAUCUUCUCCACCAUCCUGGGCCAUUGGAUGGAUGGACUCCUUGGAGAAAAAAGCUACCGGGAGCCUGUGCCCGGGGCCCCCAACAUCGCCUACCUCACAAAUCCCCUUGUGGAAGCCACCAUCAUGGUGUACUCCACCAUCACCUCCCAGCUGCUGCCCACGCCGGCCAAGUCCCACUACACCUUCAAUCUGAGGGACCUCUCCAAGGUCUUCCAGGGCAUGCUCAUGGCCGACCCAGCCAAGGUCGAGGACAAGGUGCAGCUGCUGCGACUGUGGUACCACGAGAGCUGCCGCGUGUUCCGCGACCGGCUGGUGAACGAGGAGGACCGCACCUGGUUCGACCAGCUCCUCGAGAGCCACAUGGAGCAUUGGAAGGUGGCCUUCGACAAGGUCUGCCCCUUCCAGCCCAUCCUCUAUGGAGACUUCAUGUCUCCAGGCUCCGACGUCAAGUCCUACGAGCUCAUCACCAGCGAGAAAAAGAUGAUGCAGGUGAUCCAGGAGCACAUGGAGGACUACAACCAGAUUAACACGGCCAAGCUGAGGCUGGUCCUCUUCAUGGAUGCCAUGAGCCACAUCUGCCGCAUCAGCCGCACCCUGCGCCAGGCUCUGGGCAACGCGCUCCUGCUGGGCGUGGGUGGCAGCGGCCGCAGCUCCCUCACUCGGCUCGCCUCACACAUGGCCGAGUAUGAGUGCUUCCAGAUUGAGCUAUCCAAAAACUACGGCAUGACUGAGUGGCGUGAGGAUGUCAAGAGGGUCCUGCUCAAGGCUGGCCUGCAGAACCUUCCCAUCACUUUCCUGUUCUCAGACACCCAGAUCAAGAACGAAUCCUUCCUGGAAGACAUCAACAAUGUCCUGAACUCGGGUGACAUUCCCAACCUCUACAACCCCGAAGAGCAGGACCAGAUUGUCAACACUAUGCGGCCCUAUAUUCAGGAGCAGGGCCUGCAGCCCACCAAGGCCAACCUCAUGGCUGCCUACACCGGGCGCGUGCGCAGCAACAUCCACGUGGUGCUGUGCAUGAGCCCCAUCGGAGAGGUCUUCCGAGCUCGCCUGAGGCAGUUCCCCUCCCUGGUCAACUGCUGUACCAUCGACUGGUUUAACGAAUGGCCAACAGAGGCCCUGGAGUCUGUGGCCACCAUGUUCCUGAAUGAGAUCUCAGAACUGGAGGCCACCUCUGAAGUAAUUGAAGGACUGAUUCAGGUGUGUGUGCAUAUCCACCAGUCGGUGGCCAAGAAGUGUGCCGAGUACCUGGCUGAGCUGGCCCGCCACAACUACGUGACCCCCAAGAGCUACCUGGAAUUGCUCAACAUCUUCUCCACCCUCAUUGGGCAGAAGAAACAGGAGCUGAAAACUGCCAAGAACCGCAUGAAGAGUGGUCUCGACAAGCUGCUGCGCACUUCUGAGGAUGUGGCCAAGAUGCAAGGGGAGCUGGAGAUCAUGCGCCCCCUGCUGGAGGAGGCUGCCAAGGACACCGCACUCACUAUGGAGCAGAUCAAGGUAGACACAGCCAUUGCCGAAGAGACCCGGAAUUCAGUGCAGGCAGAGGAGAUCAAGGCCAAUGAGAAGGCCAGAAAAGCCCAAGCUAUCGCUGAUGAUGCCCAGAAAGAUCUGGAUGAGGCACUGCCAGCCCUGGAUGCAGCCCUGGCCAGCCUGCGCAACCUCAACAAGAAUGACGUGACCGAGGUGCGUGCCAUGCAGCGGCCACCUCCAGGUGUGAAGCUGGUCAUCGAAGCCAUGUGUAUCAUGAAGGGCAUCAAGCCCAAAAAGGUGCCUGGAGAGAAGCCAGGCUCCAAGGUGGAUGACUACUGGGAGCCAGGCAAGGGGUUGCUGCAGGACCCUGGUCGAUUCCUCGAGGGCCUCUUCAAGUUCGACAAGGACAACAUUGGGGAGACGGUGAUCAAAGCCAUCCAGCCCUACAUCGACAAUGAAGAGUUCCAGCCGGCCGCCAUCGCCAAGGUGUCCAAGGCCUGCACCUCCAUCUGCCAGUGGGUGCGCGCCAUGCACAAGUACCACUUCGUGGCCAAGGCCGUGGAACCCAAGCGGCAAGCCCUGCGGGAGGCCCAGGACGACCUGGAGGUGACACAGAGGAUCCUGGAGGAGGCGAAGCAGCGCCUGUGUGAGGUGGAAGAUGGCAUCGCCACCAUGCAGGCCAAGUACCGAGAAUGCAUCGCCAAGAAGGAGGAUCUGGAACUGAAGUGCGAGCAGUGCGAGCAGAGGCUGGGGCGUGCAGACAAGGUGGGUCUGCUUCCCCCAGGCGGACCCCGUGGCGGUGGUGCAUCCCAGACAGGCUGGAGGGGGGGCCCAGGGCCAUGGGUUCUGGGUGGCUGCCCACAAGCUCUCCCCGGCAGCCCAGGGGCUGCACUGGUUAGGGUGAGCCCCAGGCUCUGGCCCAGUCCCUGGAGCCCAUCCCAAGGGCUGCCUCUGCAGCUUAUCAACGGGCUGUCAGAUGAGAGGGUGCGCUGGCAAGACACGGUGGAGAACCUGGAGCACAUGCUCGACAACAUCUCUGGCAACGUGCUGGUGGCCGCCGGCUUCGUGGCUUACCUGGGCCCCUUCACGGGCCAGUACCGCACAGUGCUCUACGACCACUGGGUUAAGCAGCUCAUGAUACAUGAGGUCCCACACACCUCCGAGCCCACGCUGAUCGGGACGCUGGGGAACCCCGUGAAGAUCCGCUCGUGGCAGAUUGCUGGCCUCCCCAAUGACACACUGUCAGUGGAGAACGGGGUCAUCACCCAGUUCUCCCAGCGCUGGACCCACUUCAUUGACCCUCAGGGCCAGGCCAACAAGUGGAUCAAGAACAUGGAGAAGGAGAAUGGGCUGGACGUGUUCAAGCUGAGUGACCGUGACUUCCUACGCAGCAUGGAGAACGCCAUCCGCUUUGGCAAGCCCUGCCUGCUGGAGAGUGUGGGCGAGGAGCUGGACCCGGCCCUGGAACCCGUGCUGCUCAAGCAGACAUACAAGCAGCAAGGGAACACGGUGCUGAAGCUGGGGGACACUGUGAUCCCCUACCAUGAGGACUUCAAGUUGUACAUAACCACCAAGCUGCCCAACCCACACUACACACCUGAGAUCUCCACUAAACUCACCCUCAUCAACUUCACCCUGUCACCCAGCGGCCUGGAGGACCAAUUGCUGGGCCAGGUAGUGGCUGAGGAGCGUCCUGACCUGGAAGAGGCCAAGAACCAACUAAUUAUCAGCAAUGCCAAGAUGCGUCAGGAGCUGAAAGACAUUGAGGACCAGAUUCUGUACCGGCUCAGUUCCUCCGAGGGCAACCCUGUGGAUGACAUAGAGCUCAUCAAGGUGCUGGAGGCUUCCAAGAUGAAGGCCGCUGAGAUCCAGGCCAAGGUCAGGAUUGCAGAACAGACAGAGAAGGACAUUGACCUCACGCGCAUGGAGUACAUACCUGUGGCCGUCCGCACCCAGAUCCUCUUCUUCUGUGUGUCCGACCUGGCCAACGUGGACCCCAUGUACCAGUACUCCCUCGAGUGGUUUCUCAGCAUCUUUCUCUCAGGCAUCGCCAACUCGGAGAGGGCAGACAACCUGAAGAAGCGCAUUGCCAACAUCAACCGCUACCUGACCUACAGCCUCUACAGUAACGUCUGCCGCAGCCUUUUUGAGAAGCACAAGUUGAUGUUUGCCUUCCUGCUGUGUGCCCGCAUCAUGAUGAAUGAGGGCAAGAUCGACCAGAGCGAGUGGCGCUACCUCCUGUCAGGGGGCUCCGUCCAGGUUAUAACCGAGAACCCUGCAGUGGACUGGCUGUCAGACCGGGCCUGGCGAGACAUCCUGGCACUCUCUAGCCUGCCAGCCUUUUUCGACUUCGCUCAAGACUUUGUGAAGCACCUGUCAAAAUUCCGGGACAUCUUCGACAGUCUCGAGCCCCACCGGGAGCCCUUGCCUGGCAUCUGGGACCAGUACCUGGAUCAGUUCCAGAAGCUGCUGGUGCUCCGCUGCCUGCGUGGGGACAAGGUUACCAAUGCCAUGCAGGACUUCGUGGCCACUAACCUAGAGCCGCGCUUCAUUGAGCCGCAGACAGCCAACCUGCCACUGGUGUUCAAAGACUCCAACUCAACCACACCCCUCAUCUUUGUGCUGUCGCCUGGCACAGACCCUGCUGCCGACCUCUACAAGUUUGCUGAAGAGAUGAAGUUCUCCAAGAAACUCUCUGCCAUUUCUCUGGGCCAGGGGCAGGGCCCCCGGGCGGAAGCCAUGGUACGCAGCUCCAUGGAGAGGGGCAAGUGGGUCUUCUUCCAGAACUGCCACCUGGCGCCGAGCUGGAUGCCGGCGCUGGAGCACCUUAUUGAGCACAUCAACCCUGACAAGGUGCACCGGGACUUCCGCCUGUGGCUCACUAGCCUGCCUAGCAACAAGUUCCCAGUGUCCAUCCUGCAGAACAGCUCCAAGAUGACCAUCGAGCCACCACGUGGCGUCAAGGCCAACCUGCUAAAGUCCUACAGCAGCCUCAGUGAUGAUUUCCUUAACUCCUGUCAGAAGGUGAGCGAGUUCAAGUCCCUGCUGUUGUCACUGUGCCUGUUCCACGGGAAUGCACUGGAGCGCCGUAAGUUCGGGCCCCUGGGCUUCAACAUCCCCUAUGAGUUCACCGACGGAGACCUGCGUAUCUGCAUCAGCCAGCUCAAGAUGUUCCUGGACGAGUAUGCCGACAUCCCCUACAAGGUCCUCAAGUACACAGCAGGCGAGAUCAACUACGGGGGUCGCGUCACUGAUGACUGGGACCGCCGCUGUGUCAUGAACAUCCUGGAGGAUUUCUACAGGCCUGCUGUGCUCUCCCCCGAGCACAGCUACAGCGCCUCGGGAAUCUACCACCAGAUCCAACCCACCUACGACCUCAAUGGCUACAUCUCCUACAUCAGGGGCCUCCCACUCAAUGAUAUGCCUGAGAUCUUCGGGCUCCAUGACAAUGCCAACAUCACCUUCGCCCAGAAUGAGACUUUUGCCCUGCUGGGCGCCAUCAUUCAGCUGCAGCCCAAAUCAUCCUCUGUUGGCGGCCAGAGCCGGGAGAAGAUAGUGGAAGAUGUGGCCCAGGGCAUACUGCUCAAGGUGCCGGAGCCCACCAACUUGCAGCGGGUGAUGGCCAAGUACCCCGUGCUGUAUGAGGAGUCGAUGAACACAGUGCUAGUGCAGGAGGUCAUUAGGUACAACCGGCUGCUGCAGGUGAUCACACAGACACUGCGGGAUCUGCUCAAGGCGCUCAAGGGCCUGGUGGUGAUGUCCUCUCAGCUGGAGCUGAUGGCUGCCAGCCUGUACAACAACACCGUGCCCGAGCUCUGGAAGGCCAAGGCCUACCCAUCGCUCAAGCCACUGUCCUCAUGGGUCAUGGACUUGCUGCAGCGCCUGGACUUCCUGCAGGCCUGGAUCCAAGGUGGCAUCCCACCUGUCUUCUGGAUCAGUGGCUUCUUCUUCCCCCAGGCUUUCCUGACAGGCACCCUGCAGAACUUUGCCCGAAAGUCUGUCAUCUCCAUCGACACAAUCUCCUUCGAUUUCAAGGUGAUGGCCCAAUCACUCUCAAAGAUCAAGAAACGGCCUGAAGUGGGGUGCUACAUCCAUGGACUGUUCCUGGAAGGUGCCCGCUGGGACCCAGUGGCCUUCCAGCUGGCUGAAUCUCGGCCCAAGGAGCUGUAUACGGAGAUGGCCAUUAUCUGGCUCCUGCCAGUACCCAACCGCAAGGUCCAGGCCCAGGACUUCUACCUAUGCCCCAUCUACAAGACGCUGACCCGUGCUGGUACACUAUCAACCACAGGCCACUCCACCAACUAUGUCAUUGCUGUGGAGAUCCCCAGUGACCAGCCCCAGCGACACUGGAUAAAGCGUGGUGUGGCUCUCAUCUGUGCCCUUGACUACUAGACUCUGAUGGAAGGGAUGGGGGGCAUUAAAGUUGAGUUUUCUGAGCAGUUUGGCUGAAGCUUAGCU